ACCGCGGCAGCUGAGUGACAGGGGGCAGCGGCCAAUCGCGGGGCGCAGAGCGCCGGGGAGGGGGCGGUCGCCUCCUCAGCAGUUCCAGCGGCGCGCGGCGGGAACGUUAACGCAUUCCAAUGGAGAUAAAAGCAGUUGUAAGAAGGUACGAAACAAGAAAUAAGACAGCAGGAACAGAACUGCCAUCCAAAUCUAGAGUUGAUUGGAGGCGCACUAAAAGGGAGCUCAUACUACUUGACAGCAGUGACGAAUCCUCAUGUACCUCUGAGGAGGAAGAGCCUACUGCAUCAGAAGAUGAAGUACACAGUGAAGAUGAAACUGUUGCGGAGAACAGCCUCUCAGAUCAUGUAGAGAAAAGCUAUGAUGGGGAAGGAACAGAAGAUGGUGAGGAUGAGUGCAUCACGCCUGGGAAGCGUAAAAGGUCGAACAAUUCUGUCUUGUAUGACAGUGAUGAUGAAAGCGACGACAGUGAUAUAGUUGUUAGAAAAGUUUUUGCGAAGCGCCACUGUAUAAUGGAUGAAGAUGAGAAUUCCCAAGAACAGCAGCCUGGUGAAACCUGCCCUACAGAAAAUGUUUCUACUAAUAUGAAACAGAAGGUGUUUGCAAAAUUGAAAGAACUUGCAAAACAAAGAGCAACUCGGAGAUCCUGCGGCAGUGAAAAUUGUGAGGAUUCUAAUAGUGAAGAAGAAAUAGAAGAGGAACCACUUUGUCACUUGCCCCUCACACCAACAGAAGUUAGUGAAACUGACAGUGACAGCAUGAAAGAUUUUAUAGUAGAGGAAGAUGAUGAUGACACAGAGCACGUGAAGAGUGAAAACCAGCCACAACAGAAGGAACUAAAUACAUCAAAUAGCGAGUUGCUGGCAUACCACGUCCCACACUUAUCUCGCUGUGACCAUUAUGUACACUUCAAAAGAAUAGUAAAGGCUUUCCUCAUAAAUGCAAUUGAUGACACUUUUCUGGGCUCAUUAUAUGAUGGAACAAGACAAAAGAAGUAUGCACAAGAUAUGUUGCUCUCACUUCAUUAUUUGGAUGAUCGCUUCAUUCAGCCUCGUCUUGAGAACUUAAUCUCUAGAAGUCGCUGGAAAGAUCGAUACAAGGAGCGUGUGGAUUGUUACCCAGAUGUUCGCAUAGUCUUGAAAAAUCCAGAAUAUAUUUCUUGUCAGGCCUGUGGAUUGAAUCGGUAUUGUAAGUUUCAAGUGCUGCUCUCUGGAAGGCUUUAUAACAGCAGAACUUUGGAAGCAGAUGACUUCAUGUCAGAUGACAAGCAGGUGUUGAAGGUUGGUGUGGUGUGUGCAAAUCGUACAAGAGUUUAUCAUAAUUUGAAGCACUUCAAGUACAAGCUGUAUGUGGAUUGCAGCUCCGUUACCGAGUUGGAUGGUGUGAAGGAUGAGCCAGUAAAAGACACAGUCGAACGGCUUUUCAGCCAGUUGGAAGACAGUGGGUGGAUUCAGAAGGUACAACUGAGUUAUUUGAUCUUUUAUUUUAUUUGCAGAGAUACAAUGAUCUUGAAGACUACAUGAAUGACGCAGACAGUUUCCAAGAAGAGAAAAUGGAUUAAGGGGUCCUAUAACUCUUUGAAAGACACCUUGUAAAAAUGGCCUGCUUUAUCUGCAUGCACUUUAUCUCUGCUUGGUCUUCAAGAUUCUUUUCAGGCUGAGUUAUACUUAAAUCCAUAUGCCUUUAAACUACUGUUUCAGAAUGUACUCUAUCUUUUUUUCCUUGUCUGUGUCAAUAAUAACCCAAAGUUUUAUCAAAUCAAUCAUUCCAAUCUUACUGCAUAGGUUACUUUAAGUUUCCUUCUUAAAAGGAAAAGUUUUAAAUAAUCUUAAAAAUAACAUCUCAAUACCUGUUUACUUGUGAAAUGAAUCUUCCACCUACCUAUAUUGAGCUGUAUUGUAGGAAAGGUAGGAGAUGCUGAGACCUUUUAAGUAGGUAUAUUUGGUUAUGUUAUACGUAAGGCUAUGUUACACAGGUACAUAUGACUUGCAUCUUACCUGCAAGGAAGUCCAGCCAUGUAGAAUGAUAGUUAUGAUAGAUCUUUGCAUUUGGGUCCUGUUUAUUUCCCCUCUGAGGAACCAGUGUAGACUGUUGCAAGGCAACAGAGGAAGUACUCUGCAGUCCUGAGUACAUCUGCGGCACAGGAGUCAUUCCUCUCUGAAGAGAGUAGGUGAUGAGUCACGUUACAGGCGUCACACAGGCUGAGUCUGUCUUAGCCAUCUCAAUGAGCACUUGGGCCCACGGGGCUGCCUCUGAUAAGCAGCUGGGGCAAUUUACUGAGAUUUUAAACAUCAAAUUGCUUUGUGCAAACAUAAUGGCAACAACUUGCAGUAACUAAAAAAUUAAGAGAAUGGAUUAAUGUCGCAGUGCAAGAUAAGGAUUCUUCCAGUGUAACUUAACAGGAAGUAGGAGUUAAUCGGAAUCACGAUGCAUAGCUUACCUGAACUGCAUGAAGCCUAAAUCAGAAUUUUUUGGGGCCAGGGGAGUAGAUUUUUGAGGAGCUAGGAAAGGUUAAGUACUUUAUUGUCCAUUCUGAAAAAAUUGACAUGAGCCAGCAAUGUGUGUUCGCAGCCCAAAAAGCCAACUGUACCCAUCAAAAGAAGCAAGACCGGGAGGUUGAGGGAGGAGGUUCUGCCCUCUACUCUGCUCUCAUGAGACCCCACCUGGAAUACUGCAUCUGGCUCUGGGGCCCUCAACAUAAGAAGGACGUGGACCUGUUGGAGCGAGUCCAGCAGAGGGCCAUGAAGAUGAUCA